CUCAACAUGAGUAUUGUGAUGAGGCCUUUGUGUCUUUCCCUCUUCCUCAUCCAGUUUGUGCGCCUCUCGCGCCAGCAGUUCCCGCGGCCCUGCACGACUCCAGAGGCACUUCAGAGCAAGCAGUGCUGUCCGGUCUGGCCAGGAGACGGCUCGGUGUGCGGGGCACGGUCAGGUCGAGGUUUCUGCCAAGACGUCGUGGUGUCCGACCUUCCCAACGGUCCACAGUAUCCACACAGCGACGUGGACGACCGAGAACGGUGGCCGCUAGUGUUCUACAAUCGCACGUGCAAGUGCGCUGGCAACUUCAUGGGUUAUAAUUGUGCCGAGUGCAAGUUUGGUUACUUUGGGGUUAACUGUGCGGAAAGUCGCGAAUCGGUGCGUAAAAAUAUCCUUCACCUGUCUGGAUCGGACAGGCAGCGGUUUAUUUCAUAUAUAAACCUGGCCAAAAACACCAUCAGCCCCGAUUAUAUGAUAGCAACAGGUACGUAUAAACAGAUGAAUAACGGGACGAAUCCGAUGUUCGCGGAGGUCAGCGUAUACGACCUUUUCGUGUGGAUGCACUACUAUGUGUCCCGUGACGCACUGCUUGGCGGGCCCAACAACGUGUGGGAAGACGUCGAUUUCGCGCACGAAGCUGCGGCCUUCCUGCCGUGGCACCGCGUGUUCUUGUUGCUCUGGGAACACGAGAUCCGAAAACUGAGCGGAGACUUCAACUUCACCAUUCCAUACUGGGACUGGCGAGACGCGCGGAGCUGCCAGGUGUGCACUGACGAACUGAUGGGUGCGCGCAACCCACUCGAGCCCAACCGCAUCAGCCCAGCUUCGAUCUUCUCCUCGUGGAAGGUGAUCUGCACGAGGCCACAGGAUUACAACGCACGCGAGGUGCUGUGCAGUGGCGAGCCAGAGGGCCCACUGCUCCGUAACCCUGGCAACCAUGACCAAAGUCGCAUGAGCCAGCUGCCCACCUCAGCCGAUGUGGAAUUCGUGCUGGGCCUGAGGGACUAUGAGACAGACUCGCUCGACCGUCGCUCAAACAUGAGUUUCCGGAACACUCUGGAGGGUUUUGCGAGUCCACAGACAGGCAUAGCAGUAACUGGUCAGAGCACGAUGCACAACGCACUGCACAUCUAUAUGAAUGGUACCAUGUCCUCAGUGCAGGGUUCUGCCAACGACCCCAUUUUCCUGAUACACCAUGCAUUUAUUGACAGUAUAUUUGAGCAAUGGUUGCGGAAGCACCAACCUGCCCGGACACACUACCCAGCAAGCAACGCCCCAAUUGGACACAAUGACGGCUACUACAUGGUGCCCUUUAUCCCACUGUACCAGAAUGGAGACUACUUCCUCACCACUAAAGCAUUGGGAUAUGAGUACUCCUACCUCCUCAACCCAAGUCAGUGGUUCCUGCAGGAAUUCCUGACCCCAUAUCUGGAUCAGGCUCAGCAGAUCUGGCCCUGGCUGCUGGGAGCCGGAGUUCUCGGUGCGCUCAUUGCCGCUGUCAUCGGCGUGACCCUCGCCAAGACAUGUGGCCUCAAGCCCAAAAGGAACAAACAUUCAGGCCACGGGGAGAGACAGCCCCUGCUGAGUAGCAGUGAGGAGGAGGCCAGCACCUCGUACCAGACCACGCUGUGA